CAACAGACACCCCAUACAUCGCGCUCGACGGGCAACAAGUCCAUCAACAGCAUGGCUUUCUCAUUUGGCGCUCCAGCGCAGUCCCAGGCGCAGGCGCAGCCUUCCUCCUUGUUCGGCGGCACCAACCAAGUCGCAUCGUCCAGCACAUCUUCGCCAUUCGGGACGUUUGGGACUGCUGCCAACACACAGCCUGCGGCAAACACCUCCACCGGGACAGGCCUCUUUGGCAGUGCCAACAACGCGGCCGCGGGUAGCAGCGGCACGAGCCUCUUUGGGCAGCAGCCGAAACCUGCCGGCGGCCUCUUUGGGUCAGUGACGGCGGCGCCAGCAUCCACAUCUACCGGUGGGACAGGUCUUUUUGGUUCAAAUGCGGGCACGCAGAACACUGGCGGUGGCGGCUUGUUUGGGGCAACGGCACAGCAGCCUCAACAGCAGCAGACUGGUCUGUUUGGGUCGGCGCAGCCUCAACAGCAGCAGCAGAGCGGCGGUCUUUUCGGGUCGACUUCCGCACAGCCUCAACAGCAGGGAGGCGGAUUGUUUGGGUCAACAGCCAACACGCAACAGUCCGGGGGGUUGUUUGGGUCGACAGCUCAGAAGCCCGCAGGAACAGGACUGUUUGGAUCCACAACCGCGCAGCCAGCAGCAGGCGGGGGCCUCUUCGGUUCAGUGGCUCAGCCCCAGCAGCAGGGUUCAGGUCUGUUUGGCGCUUCCACAGCGCAGCCCGCGCAGCAGCAAAGCAGCCUCUUCGCGCCCAAGCCAGCAGGCGGGCUGUUUGGUUCGACCGCUCAGCCUCAGCAGCAGUCGGGUUUGUUUGGCUCCACUGCCCAGCAGCCUCAACAGAACAUGUUUGCGUCUACUUCCCAGCCUCUUGGGCAGUCGACUGCCGCUCCUCAGGGACAGGACAUCGAGAGCCGGAUCAUGUCAAUCAAGAACUCGUGGGACGACAACAGUCCUGAUUGUCGCUUCAAGUACUACUUCUAUAAUGUGGUCGACCCGGGUACAUCUCAGGCGUAUGGGCGACCAGCUGGGGCGACGGACGACUCGAAGUGGAUGAGAGCUGUGCGCGACAACCCGGACCCACAAAACAUGGUGCCAGUACUGGCAACGGGCUGGAAGGACGUGAAGAAGCGUGUCGAAAUGCAGGAGCAGGCGGCGAGCGUGCACCAGCAGCGGAUCAAGGAGCUGAAUCAGGCGCUGGCCAACCUGUCGCGUCAAACCUCACUUUCGUCCAGCGUGCGCCUGCAGGCGCUUCAGGCACAGCUCUCGCAGCUCACCCAGCGGCUGUUAGCGUUGGCGGCGAAGAGCCCAACCUUUGCGCCAGUGCAGAGCUCGGCGUUCCGCCCCGAGGAGGGCGAAAUGAAGCACACGCUUGAGGAGGUCAAGGACGCACUGGAUGGGCGGGCGAAGCCGUCGCGCGGGGUCGGGCUUGGAUCGCAGCGGCCACAGCACAAGGGCCGCAUGCUCGGCCAGAUCAACGAGCUAUGGGGGCUUGUGGAGGAGGUGCGCCGGCAGCGGCGUGCGAGGGGGCACGACGCACAGGCGUGGGCGGGCGACGAGAAGCUGCUCACCGAAAUUGCGAUUGUGCUGGACCAGCAACAGGCGGCACUCACCAAACUGAACGAGCUGGCGAGCGACAAUGUCUUUGACGCGGAUGUGAUGCGCGCAGGGCUGGCGGCUGUGGAGAAGAAGUAGGCGCAGCAUGUAGGGUACUUUUGCAUUGCAUGUACAUAGUCGGACACAGCAGCAGACAUCGAGAGACGCACAU